AUGGCCGCCUCUGCAGCUGACGUUCGAAGCAUCCUCUCCAUUCCCAGCGCCGCGGCGUCAGGGAGUACACCUGCCCCGAAGAAGACGCAAGCGAGCGAACGUACCCGCAAGCCAGAGGGCAUCCCAAGGGAACUGUACGCCCUCAUCGGCCCUUCUGCGCCUACCCUCGCUGCCCAGUUCGCAAAACCUCAACUCAAGCAGAAACCCAAUCUCGGUGGCGGAAGGAAGGUCAAAUGGGAAUGGCGUCCGUUUAAGAACGGCGCGAGGUCGGACGAACUGCGACUCUCGCACUGGGUGAAGUCAAGUGAGGAUCCCGAGACCGAGUAUCACUUCGCCAAAUACAAUAUCUCCACACCGUCCUACUACUUAGAAGACCCGGACUGGACGAAGGAGGAAACAGACUACCUCUUCGGCUUGAUGCGCGAGUACGAUGGUCGGUUUUUUGUGGUCCAUGACCGUUAUGAGUCCCCGAACAGAAAGGAGCGGACAAUUGAGGAUAUCAAAGACCGUUACUUCAGUGUAUGCCGCAAGCUAGUUCGCAAUCGUGCCUGGCUCGGAGAUGAACACAGCAAAGCAGCUCUAAUUGCGUCUUUAUCAUAUGACAAGCAUCGUGAGAACACUCGAAAGAGAUACGUGAAGUCUUUGGAGAACCGAACUCCGGAGCAGAUAGCAGAAGAAGACGCGCUAUAUCUUGAACUCGAGAAGCUCAAGGAGAACGAGCGCAGGUUCAAGAAAGACCGGGACGAGCUUCUACGCACCCUGUGUGGUAUUGAAUCCGGUCUGCCUGAUAUCCGAGAAGACGAUGAAGCGCUACUUGGACCUCUCAACGAGGUCAAAAAGAAGAAAAAGGGCGUAUCAAGCAGCGUAGAGCCUCAAACACCCGUCACACCCGCCAGUGCGACUGUCAUUGCACUUCCACAACCACAACCCAAGAAGUCGACUGCCAAGUCCGCCGCUUACGAUGCACUUCAUUGUAUCGUCAGAACAGACACCGACCACCCCACAACGAAGGCCGCCCAUCAACCCGCACAUCUUAGGAGUUACAAGAUCGCCCAGCCGAAGCAAGGCGCUCAGUCUCGGGUCCCUCAGCUUCUUGGGGAACUCGGUGUCACCACUGGUCGUCUCGUCAUGCCCACUCGUGACAACUUAGCAAAAUAUGCCGCUCUCGUCGAUGCAGCGCAGCAACUCAUCGAGCUGAAGAAAGCUGUUGACAAGCAGGAGCAAGACAUUCGUGUUUCUCAGGCACGACUGGCGACCCUCCGUGGUGAGGAUGCUGGGGGUGACAGCAAAGAAGUGCCACAAACGCCUAUGGAAAUAGACAAUGGUGCAGACGGAGAAGCUGAGGCCGAAGGGGAGGGCGAAAGCAAUCGGGCCCAGUCUGUUGGCCGUCGUUCAAUGUCCAUUUCUUCGGUAGACACUGCUGGUGGUAGCGUCAAACGGCAGAAGCAGAGAUAA